AUCAUACAAGGGAAAUUGAGAACUUGGUAACUAGCGGAAAAGAUUGUCAAAACAUUCAAGCUGCAUCAAAUAACCAAAUAGAUGAAGCUUCAAAACAACAACACAAUGAUGUACAAGGAAUGACUCUUAAAAGUAAAAAUGAUGGAAAACCUCAUUUUCAACUUCAAGAUGAGGCAAAUACUCAACCACAGGUUUUGAUUGACAAUUACACAACUCGAAACUCAAAAAAAAAAAGUCUAUCAUACAAGGGAAAUUGAGAACUUGGUAACUAGCGGAAAAGAUUGUCAAAACAUUCAAGGUGCAUCAAAUAACCAAAUAGAUGAAGCUUCAAAACAGCAACACAAUGAUGUACAAGGAAUGACUCUUAAAAGUAAAAAUGAUGGAAAACCUCAUUUUCAACUUCAAGAUGAGGCAAAUACUCAACCACAGGUUUUGAUUGUCAAUUACACAACUCGAAACUCAAAAAAAAGAGUCUAUCAUGCAAGGGAAAUUGAGAACUUGGUAACUAGCGGAAAAGGUCAGAACGCUCUUGUUUAUGAUUUAAAACUCAAGUUGUUUACAUUUUGUUCAAACAAUACUUGUGCAGAUUGUCAAAACAUUAAAGGUGCAUCAAAUAACCAAAUAGAUGAAGCUUCAAAGCAGCAACACAAUGAUGUACAAGGAAUGACUCUUAAAAGUAAAAAUGAUGGAAAACCUCAUUUUCAACUUCAAGAUGAGGCAAAUACUCAACCACAGGUUUUGAUUGGCAAUUACACAACUCGAAACUAAAAAAAAAAGAGAUUGUCAAAACAUUCAAGGUGCAUCAAAUAACCAAAUAGAUGAAGCUUCAAAUCAGAAAGACAUUGAGUUACAAGCUUCAAAUUAUAUUGUUGAAAAUGAUUUUAUGGAUGAAGAAUUUGAUCAAGAUAGUGAAAGUGAAUCUCCUAAUGCUAAGAAGAAAACUAGAGGCCCUACAUUUAUGAAAGAAAUUUGGGGUCGACCUAGUACGCUACCACGUAUUAAGAUCCAAUGUGAUGGUAUGGGACGCCCUAUAGGAUCAAGAAGAAAUAAAUUUGCUGAUUUUUUAGGUACUUUGGCAAGAAAUGGUAAAUUUUGUCCAAUUGACGUGGAAGAUUGGCAUAAAAUGCCCCCAGAAAAUAAGAAAAAAAAUAUUAGAUGUUAUAAAGGAAAAGUAUGGCCUUCCUCCUGGAACAGAAAGUUGGACAUUGCGUUCAAUAGCAAAAAAAUGGAGAAAUUGGAAGGCAUAACUGAAAAAGAAGUAUUAUGAUCCUGAGUUGUCAAUGCAAGUUCUUCUAGAAGAAAGAGAUAAUAGAGCUUUUGUAGAGCAAUAUGUCAAAUUAGUUCUUCAGUGGAAUUCAGAAAAAUCAAAGGAACGAAGUGAAAAAAAUAAGAUUGCUCGGAAGCAAAAGAUAAUGAAUCAGACAACUGGAAGAAGAUCUUUUGCUCAAGUGCAACAAAAAUUGGGAAAAGAAAAGGGUCGACCUCCAUCACGAGUCGAAUUAUUCCAUGCUUGCUUCACUCAUGCUAAUGGAAGCCCCUCAAGCAACAUUAUGGCAGAAAAAUUGGCUGCAAUGAAAGAACUAGAAAAUCAACUUCCUGAAGAUGAGGAUGAUCAAGUUGGUCAAAAUGACAUAUUUGGUCAAAUCAUUGGACCAGAUAGACCAGGCCGAGUACGUAUAUUUGGUGAUGGUGUUAAGCCAUCUGAUUUAUGGGGAGAAGUUCCAAGUCGUAGUACAUGCAACAGAAUAGUGAUGGAGCAAAAGAGAAAGUUAGAAAAAAUGGAUGAACAAGUUAGAAAGCAAGGCCAACACAUUGCAAUGUUAGAAUCAAAGAUUGCCAAUCAAUCAAACCAAAACCUUGGUUCAAAUUACAACAGUAUACAACACACAACAUCAACUAGUAGUCCAUUACUUCCUGAUCCAGUUAGUUUAUCUCUAAGGAUUGGAUGUUCUGUCUCAAUAAAAAGUCUAUUUGAUUUGACGAAAAUUGUGGCAAAAAAAGUUGUUCAUAGCAUGGAUCCAAAUACUGAAGUAGGAAGACAAGUGUUGGGACCAAAUUGGUGUGAAAUACAAGUUCUAGUUGUCCUAGAAUGGGAAGAGAGUUUGAUUAGGCCAUAUGAUCUUUUACAAAGGUUUGAGGAUGCACUUGAAGGAAUGAUAGCUUGGCCUUGUCAUUUGUUGACGGUUAAUGAAGAAGACUUCUACUAGGUGCAUUUGGAGUUUUGUGGCACAAUAGUAAGGUGACAAGAAUAUUGGAUUUUGUUUAAGAAGCGAUGGUUGAAGAAUGAAGAUGCAUCACAAGUUUGGUUAUGUUUUGCUUUACGAGACUUGAUUUUUUUUUCUAGUUCUUAAACUAAAUACAUUGGGUACAUUUGUAAUUGAUAUAUAAAUAUUUUUUGAUGUGACAAAUUUAUUAA